AUGGACGCUCCUCCUGGAACUACAGAAACCGACAUGAAAACAUUCCGCGACUUUCUUAUGCAAUACAACAACGUAACAGAGCAAUGUUUUGCGGCAUGUGUCAAUGACAUGACGACAAGGAAUGUCACCGAGAAAGAAGAAAAAUGCAGUAUGAACUGUCUCGACAAGUACCUCAAGAUGACGCAACGAGUUUCAUUGCGUUUCCAAGAACAUCAACUUUUGAAUGCAGAAGUCCAGGGAGCAACGAUACCUCAUACUUAG